AUGGGAGUUGCAGCAUGCACCAAGGGUGAUGAGGCCGGUGCGACAGCGCCGUUAUCACCUAGGGAUAAGCGAUUUGAUGUGAUAGAUAAGAAGGCCAACCCAGUAAUAAAAACCAAUAACAUUAGGGCGUAUGUGCGGUUUGUGGAGAAUAACGUGUUUUUGCAGGGCUUCAAGAACGGCCAAGAUCAGUUGAACCAGAAGCCUCCAGUAUUGCUGCGAGGAUGCCUGAUUUUGGAAGUACUGAGACCUUGCAAGCUUAGUCGCAUAAUGCUUACAUUUCAAGGUGACUUAGAACUUCGAUGGCCGCCCGACAUGAAACAAAAUAUAGACGCUUAUCAUGAGAAGAAGAGCCUGAUGACCCACCAUUGGGUUUACUUUGAUGGUGAAAACUCGAAUAACACUCCAGUAGAGAACAACGAAAAGGAUGACAUCCUGGGAAGAAGUGGUGCAGCAAUUUAUAGAGCACCUGAUGAUACAGCAUCCUCUAAGGAAAGUGGAGACUCCAUUGAUCCAGAAUUAACAGACUCACAAGGGCCGUUCGUUUUCCAAAAAGGUGAAUAUGUGUAUACGUUUGAGCACCCUAUACCGCAUUUCUACCCAGAAACUAUGCAUAUGCCUCAUGCUUCUGUUAAAUAUUACAUGCAGUUGCGGGUUGAGAAAAUCGUUGGUCAUGUAAUUAAAACAAAAAAGAUUAUGAUCGGUAGUAGGUUCAUAAAUCUUUAUCGUAUUCCACCAUCUGACCAGGUAGAGCUUGGAGAGCCUAUCGUUGUCGAUAAAGUAUGGAACGACAAACUUAAAUAUAACCUUAUCAUACCUAGAAAGGAGCUAGUAUUAAACGCAUUUUUGCCUAUUCAUUUUGAAUUUCUUCCUUUGGACAAACUAAUAAUACACAGAAUACGGAUUUAUUUAUCUGAAACAAUCACUUAUACUGCUACAGAUAAGAGUAUUACAAGAAUUGAUAGUGAAAAAAACUACCUUUUAUCAGAACUAAAUGGUCCUGUUCAGGAAGGAACAGGGUCUUCAGGUAAAAAGCCAGGAGUCAAAAACUUGGGUAAUUUAUUAGAAGAUCCCAACACUGGUGAUAUUACAAACAAAGCAUUUCAAUUCAACAUAUUUGUACCAUCAUCAUUCACAAGUCCUAAGGCUGACUCGACGUCACUAAAACAGGUCCUCCAUCCUGAUACAACUUUUGAACCGAUCGUCUGUAAACAUUGGUUAAAAGUAGCAUUAAGAAUUACAGUUGGACCUAAGCAUUACGAGGUGGUAAUUGACUCACCCAUUCAUGUACUUAAUCCAUACUGCGCUCAUGCCAAUACGCUUCUACCAAAAUAUGAUGACUUAGUGUCUAGUUCAUUACCGGUAGAUAUGACAAAUGGGUCAGACAGUCACGAUUCAAAUAUCUUCUAUCCUAAAGAGAUUAUACAUUCUCCUAUAUUAGGUUCUGAAACUGACGAUGUGACGUCAAAUAAUGAAAAUAAGGAAAAAAGGAAAAAAGUCUUCAAUUCGCCUACUUUAAAAUCCAAUAUAUAUAGACCAGAAUUUAUUAAGACGGAAAUGACAUCACCUCAAGCUCUACCUAUGUUAUCACUUGAGCCAGACUUGGGAAGCAAGCCGCCUAAAUAUUCUGUUAGCAAUGAAGAUAUGCCGGCAUAUCCUCCAAGCUACGAGCAGGCACAGGUUCCUAGAGUAUCUGUUGGUGAAAUACCUCAUUUGAACCUGGAUGAUGAAAGCAUUAACAAUAGCAUUAGUAGCAGAGAAGAAGAUAUCACCUCAAACACAUUUCAACCUUCCAUACAAUUCAGAGUUCCGGAUGAGGAAUCUAAUUGUUUUCUAAAUGGAAGACUGUCAAGAAGAGCAAGUAUGCCGAACUCAUACAACCAAAAGGAUGCGCAUUAUCUGUUCAGAAGAAGGAAACUAUCUUUUGAUCACGUUACUGAGCAUAGUCGUCCGAGAAAUAUGGAGGAAAUUCUAGCCGCGCACGCGGAAGAUGCCUCAGACUACGAAGAAGCACUUGAAUCUCCUAAGGUGCUCCCGACGGAUAGUUCUGUAGAUAUAGCUUCAUUGCUGAAAGAUCAGCACAAAUAA